GAAGAACUGAGCCAUCAAGCUGCCGUUCGGUCGCUGAAACUCAGCCAUGGCGAAUCUAGUUUUUGUCACCGGGAACCAGCACAAGAUAUCAGAGGUAAAGGCUAUACUUGGGUGCAGUGCUGUGAUUAAGACGGCGUCUCUUGAUCUACCAGAGAUCCAGGGCACCCUCGAAGAGAUUACACGAGAGAAAUGUCGUGUCGCUGCGCAAAAGGUCCAUGGCCCCGUCCUGGUGGAGGAUUCGGCACUGGAGAUGCAUGCGCUGAACAAACUGCCCGGUCCAUACGUGAAACCUUUUAUCGAGGCCCUCGGCAAUGUUGGUUUAUGUAAACUGUUGGAACCGUAUGAGGAUAAAACUGCUGAAGCCGUAUGCACACUUGGGUAUUCUCCGGGGCCGGAAUCGGAGCCAAUGAUUUUUCAAGGGAGGCUCUUGGGUCGGAUAGUCUUGCCACGGGGCGUUUCAUCUUUUGGCUGGGAACCAAUAUUUGAGGUUGAUGGGCAGACACUGGCCGAAAUGAAUACCGAAAAGAAGAAUGGGCUAUCCCAUCGGUGGAUGGCUGUAUCAAAAUUCACUGAAUGGUUGCGAAAUACCCAUUCCUCUCGAUAAACCCUUGACCUGCCGGUCUGUCCAAAUGGGAUAGUGUCUGAUGUUAUACAUUUAAGCUUCUAAUUCUUCACGGUAACAAUAUUCUUUGAUCAUAGACAACAGGUGUCAUAUCACCUGCUCUUCCCGGUGACCCAUUCCCUCUAUUUCUAUCUGUAAUGUUAUUAUGUUAACAAGUCCGACAUUUUCUAUACCGUCGGCUUUUUGUUCGCGUUUGCUUUUCAUUUCUAUGUUCUAGUAUAACAGCUUUGUAGAUAAUUAUUCCUAGCAUGCUCUUUGCCUUUAUUCAGCAUGAUAGCAUUUCUUAGUGUCAUACUCUUAAAGCAAUCCUAGCCUGGCCGGUUCAGCC